UUGUCGAGCGACCACGACGUGCCACGGUUUGUCUCCCGCUUUCGUGAAAGAAGAGGAGAGGUAUUUUUUUCCCCGGUGGACGGACACCUCUCCCCGCGGUGUCAUCCUCUGAGGCGUACGGUCGUCGGGCCAUGUCAUUUUGACGUGGAGUCGUGGGUGCGGUUGUAAUACUCCUGACACAAUUCUGGUACCACCACUAGUUGCACACACGAAGAGAACAAGGAUCCGAAUUUACUAAGACAAUGGCGAGCCUCAUUAAUUCGACAACAGAAUUUUUCAACGAUGCGUACGACUAUUACCUCUGGACUUUAUCCCUCGCAGAUGAAAGAUCGAGGGGUUGGUUAUUGGUUGAUUCGCCGAAACCAACGUUAAUAUACACAAUGUUGUACCUCUUUAUCGUUUGGGUGGGUCCUAAAAUCAUGAAGAAACGGAAAGCUUUCAAAUUAACGUGGGCUUUGGUGCCCUACAACCUUGCCAUGGCUUGCCUCAAUGCUUAUAUUGCCAUUCAGUUGUUCGUAGCAUCCACAAGAUUACGAUACAGUUACGUGUGCCAACCUAUAAGGCACAUCACGCGUCCCGAUGAACUUCAGAUCGCCCACGCAGUUUGGUGGUACUAUUUUAGCAAACUUCUGGAAUUUUGCGAUACGUUCUUCUUUAUUUUGCGAAAGAAGGACAAUCAGUUGAGCUUUCUUCAUGUUUAUCAUCACUCUACCAUGUUCUCGUUAUGGUGGAUCGGUAUUAAAUGGGUACCGAGUGGAUCCACUUUCCUACCAGCGAUGGUGAACAGCUUCAUUCAUGUGCUGAUGUACUCAUACUAUGGACUCGCCGCGUUAGGUCCUUCGGUGACUAAGUACCUCUGGUGGAAGAAGUACUUGACAAUCCUCCAGCUCAUCCAGUUCACAACUGCUUUGAUUCUGGGAAUCAAUGGCAUUCGAUCGGGAUGCGACUUCCCUCUUUGGAUGCAGUACGCCCUCGUAAUUUACAUGCUCUCUUUCAUCGUCCUGUUCGGAAACUUCUAUGCCAAAGCUUAUAUCGCAAAGGGUAAACAAGUGUAUGCGGAGAAACGGCUUGAGAGGCUAAGAGCCAUCGAAAAGGCGUCGACAAGUACACAACUCGAUAGUGCGAUCAGCAAUGGAAAGAUCACGAAUGGAUAUAUGAACGGACACGCGAACGGCUACACGAAUGAAACAUUCAAGAAGACCCAAUGAGGCGAUUCUUCUCAGGGAUGUCCCUAUCAGGGAGAUCCAAUCCACGAUACUCGCGAUGCACGACGAAGAAGAAAUAGUCAUUAUAGACAUUAGUCAUCGUCGUCGUCGUCGGGCAGUGCAUCGAGAUCAACAGAAGUAGUUUAACAAAAAAAUAAAUAAAAACGAGAAAAGGGGUAAGGGGAAAAAAAGAAAUGGAUUUUUCGUUUAGAUCCCGCACGUUAUCGGGUUUGUGCUUUCGCGAGGCGAAAAUUAGCACCGUGAUUCCAAAGUUAACGGAUCAGCAUUUGUACAUUCGCGGCAUCAUGCUGAUUCUAACUGUAUAUAUAUUAACGAACAUUCACUGAAAAAGCGGUCUAAUACCGAAUGCGUUUUAUAGCGAUUAGCGCGAUGGGCCUGCAAGAAUGAGAGUUCGCACAUGAAUAUACAUGUACGAAACUGAAGUGGAAAGAUUUACAUAUAUUAUAUUGAGGAGUCAGAUAAAUAUCAAAAUAUUGUCAGAAAAGCAAACGAUCUUUCUUUCAAGGGAGUUAUAUAGAUAAGUUUGUGAAAAUAAAUAUUUCCCUAAAUGUAGAAUUAUCCAAAAAAAUAAUCGUAAUGGAAGGAGAAAGGUGCGUAUGUGUGCAUGUAAAUAAGUAAAUGGACUGUCAGGGAAAAAAGAGGAAAUGCGAAAGAAAUUUGUUUUUAGGACGAAUGAACGAUAAAUUUGUGAUGGAAGAUUAUUAUAAGAGGAUUGAAAGAGAGUUACAUCUCUUAAAAGAACGAAAUUUAAUGCAUCUCUUCAGUUUGUGAAAUUUUUGAUAACGAAAUGUAUGUGAGUGUAUGCAUAUAAAAACUUCUCGAUCAAACUUCGCAAGUGCCGUUUCGCGAAUGAGCAACAGUAUGAAUCAAUAUUUAGAGGUCCCAAUUCGGAAAGCCUAUCACGCAGCUAUAUUCCUGAUUGAUUCGCACAGAAACGGGGAGAUACGCGAUACGCGGAGGUUUGCCCGCUUUCAUCAAAGUAUAUUGCAUAUUUAAAUCAAAGAGGAUCUAAUCCUUUGAUUCAAAUAUAAUACAAUCGACUGAUGAUUUCUAUUCGUUUUCAAAUUUAAUAAAAAAAAAAGAAGAUAAUUGAUUCCAAUAACAAAAAAAUAUCGAUUGGCUAGAGUCUACACGAAACUUUUUAUACCGACCCUUUUUUACAACGAAUAAUCUAGAUACCAAAUGACGCGCUUUCGUCGCAAGAGAACUACAACAGCAAUUUAAGAAAUCAUAGUAAUGAAAAAAAUAGCAAAGAACAGAAAAAUGUGGCAAAAAGUGAUAAAAAAAUCAUCGCAAUUGUUCACAUGUUAUAAAUCAUGAUGAAUCUGUUUUUAUACAGCAUAUGAUUUAUAUUCUCGUCAUCAACAAAAUUUAUAAAUAACAAUUAGCAACUGAAUAAAUUACAAGAUAAUCAUUUACGACGAUGGAUUAUGUUCAUUUGCGCGGAGAUCGUGUGUUUCCUCAUAAUAUAUUUCUCUUAGAUAAUUAGGUUAUUCUAUUAUAUUAUUAAUGUGUUUAUAUAAAUACGUGUAUAUCAUUAUUAUAAUAUGUAACGGAUCAUGCGCAAUUGUUAUAAAAAUCGCGUUGCUGCGCAAUGCGUUAAAACAAAGAAAUGCAUUGUGUUAAUUCUUUACAGCUUACGUUUAUUUGUCCUUUCGAUAAAAUUUUUCACAAAGUAUUUAUUAAUUUUUUACUUUUAAUUGUUAUAUAUCAAAUAUUAUAUAUAAAAUCAUUUUUCCUCAUAUUCUUUUAUUGUAUACAUUUUAAGUUAAUAAAAUUACUUUAAAAAUA